ACAAGCAAAGCGAGCAGACUACAAGACAGAAGCAGGCAGUGUGAGGCGGUGUUUAAUGUUGCGUUGCUGUUGCAGUCCCUUUUCAUGUGAGCACACAAAUCAAUUCUAAAUGGAUAAUACGGUAGUUGAAAUUUCUACAUUUUCCGAGAUGGAUGCAUGUUUUACUGCAUUCGACAAAGAUGGCGACGAUCGUCUUUCGCUUGCGGAGUUCUCGUUAAUCUGUCGUGCCUUAUUCCGCAAUGACAAGGGGCAGAUUUAUGCCGUUGCUCCCGAAAGGCUCGAGCAAAUGUUUGCUGUUUUCGACAAAAAUGAGGAUGGUUAUAUUGAUCGUGACGAGUUUCAAUUUUGUUGGAAUAACUGGAUUAAAACCAUUGUGAGACCUGUUAGCGCUUUUUUGGUUGUCGACGUGCAAAAUGAUUUUAUCAGUGGUUCGUUGAAUAUCAGUAAUUGUAGUGCACAACAAAAUGGAUAUGAGGUCGUUGAACCAAUCAAUAAAUUACUCGACACUGUGGUUUUUGAUGCUGUCUUUUAUUCGCUCGAUUGGCAUCCAAGCGAUCAUGUAUCCUUUAUUGAUAACAUCAAGCAACGUUCGAUACAUCCGACAUCUCCCGUGACGGCAGAUAAUGCACAAGUUUACGAUACUGUAAUAUUUUCCGGGCCUCCGCCGAUGAAACAAAGAUUAUGGCCUCGACAUUGCGUUCAAGACUCAUGGGGAUCUGAGUUGCACAAGGAUUUGAAGAUUGUUGAAAAUGGCGUGAAAAUCUACAAAGGCACGAAUCCAGAAGUCGAUUCAUAUUCCGUAUUUUGGGACAACAAGAAGUUGAGUGACACGCAGUUGAUUGUUCAAUUACGAGCAAAGGGCGUUACUGAUGUCUAUACUUGCGGCCUUGCAUAUGAUGUUUGUGUUGGCGCAACAACGUUGGAUUCCCUCGCAUCCGGUUACCGUACCUGCUUAAUUGAGGAUGCAUGUCGCGGCGUUGACUUGGUCGAUAUCGACAAAACGCGUCAGGCAAUUAUCGAUGAUCAUGGCGUCAUUAUUGACUCGAGCGAGGUAAAAGCGAUGGUCGAAGGGCGUGACCGAAGGCCCGAAUUGGGAUUCAAAUUAGCGCUGGAGUUGAAACAAAAUGAAGCUGAAAUGACAAAACGACGAGAUCGUCGUCAAAUUUAAGACGCUAAAAUGAAAAAAAAGAUUGCUUGCCUUUUAUGAGUAAAAAAAAUACUUCUUUUAUCGAAGUCGUUCCUGUUAUGAGACAUUUUUCUAGAAUUUAAACCCGAUAUAUAGGAAUAUUUUUUUAGAAAAAUAUAUUUAGUGAUAGGAAUUUUGAUGCUUCUUAUCGAAAAAAAAAUCAUCUCUCAUAACUUUAGGUAGCUUUCUUGUCUAUAAAUGGAUGUAUGGGGUAGACAAAAAUAUAUCAAAAAUCAAUCGGUCAUAUUUUUUAAUUUUUUUACAUUUAAAAAAAAUAAUUUUUUGCUUUGGAAGUUUUGGUCUGUAGUCGAAAAUAAUCGUGCAGGGAUUUUUUGAAAAAAAAAAAUUUUUUUUUUUAAAUUAUUUUAAUUAAAAUUUAUACCUUAAUUCAAUGAAUAAAUUUAGAUAAAAUUUAGAAAAAAAUAUAAUAAAUU